GUUCAACGAAAGCGGAAGUAUUUGCUUUUGUAGGCAUGGGACAAUGAAUCCUGCAGGCUGCUGUCUUUCUUUCGCGAGUAGGUUUAUAGAGUACUUCUGAAAACACAGAAUCACGGAGAAGGAAAAACAUGGAGGUUCCCUGUUAUCUGCCCAAAUUGCUGUUUGAGCUCAAUGAGCAGCGAAAGCGAGACUUCUUCUGCGACUGCAGUAUCCUGGUAGAGGGGCGUGUAUUCAAAGCCCACCGUAACGUGCUAUUUGCUGGAAGCGGCUAUUUCCGGGCUCUUCUGGUUCACUACCUGCAGGACAGCGGACAGCGCUACAGCACAGCGUCGCUGGACAUUGUUACAGCCGACGCCUUCUCUGUCAUCCUCGACUUCCUCUAUUCUGGCCGCUUGGCUCUUAACAGCAACAAUGUGAUUGAGGUGAUGUCAGCGGCUAGCUAUCUGCAAAUGACAGAGCUGGUGAACUUCUGUAAAGAGUACAUCCACUCAUCUUUGGAGAUUUGCAACAAGGAUAAGGAGAGAAACACGAAGAAAGAGAACCAGAAGGACAAUGAAGCAAUUGGACCCGCAGACAGUGGAACUCCUUCUGCAACCGUCGCUGGGGACACGGGUAUUACAGGGACAAGUUCAGAGGCUGCAGAAGUAGAUGGGGGGUCGGGUUUAGGUCCUGAGGAAGGAACUUCAGCAAGUACCCCCUUGUCUACCGCAGUUGCCACCCCAGCGGGCUCCAGUAGAAACAUUGACAGCGCUUACUCCUCUAGGGAGGGGUUUCCACCUGGGAGGGAAGACCAAAAGGGCCACAUGGAUCAGACUAAUCUCUCAUCCUCCUCAUCUUCUGCUUUGACCCCAGAGUUAGUGAACCCUAAAAUAGAAUAUGACCCUGAUGAGGAACUCGUAGAGUCCCCCGACACCAAAGACCUUGCGCCGUAUCCUGGGUCCUCUCUGCAUGGCACACACCAUAGCAGGUUACUUCUUCAAAGUCCCUCAGCCUCCAAUGAGCGCUCCCCUUUAGGAUACAGCCCUUCAUUUAACACCCGGCAGCUGAUGGAGAUUCUGUCCAGAGGUGAAGGCCCCCGAGGCCCCAGCCCUGUAGGGGACCGAGUAGGUCAGCGCUUCAACCAAGGACUUGGCAGCAGCACAGGAAGUAGCAGAAUGGAUGAAAGUUUGGGCUUUGUUGGGUCAUCUAUCAUGGAGAUCCAGUCUGAUUGGCUCGGAGAGGACACAGGCGAUGGCUUGGUAGUGCCAGUAAAACUCCACAAGUGCCCUUUCUGUCCAUACACUGCCAAGCAGAAAGGAAUCAUGAAGAGACACAUCCGCUGCCACACGGGAGAGAGGCCCUUCCCCUGUCCCAUGUGUGGCAAGAGGUUCACACGACAGGAGCAUCUCCGGACCCACGCCCUUAGUGUUCACAGGCACUACUGGCCAGUAUCAUGCAAGAGCUGCAGGCGAACGUUCACAGGGUCAAACGUCUCCCCGGGAUUGAGGCGCUUCGGCAUCUGCGACAGCUGCAACUGCGUGACCACCACUCAUGAAGAUUCUGCGCCCGCUGACCCGUCCAGCCAGCCAGAGCCCAUGGUGCGUGCAGAUGGGACCACAGACUGGUCAAGCUUUAUGGACGAUGUGGACGAGGUGGAGGUUGGCAGAGUGGAGGACUUAGUGGAGAAACAGAUGCUGGAAAGACAGCUUGCUGAAUGCUCUGAUGUCAGCCAUACACUGUGAAUUUUACCAUCAACUAGUAAUAAAACAGGGCCUCGGUGCUCUUAUUAUUACUGUAA